AUGGAAGUCGAAUGGUUUCGAGGACAGGUCGUCUUCCUGACGGGAGCAACCGGAAACCUCGGCGGUUGUCUUGUGUACAAGCUGGCGACUCAGCUCCCAACCGCCAAAAUAUUCGUUUUGGUGCGGGGUUCUGUCCAGAAGGCGCUUGAAGCAUGGGAGCAGUCGAUGCCAGAGCAAGUGGAGGACGUAAUCUCUACUGGCAAGAUCCAAUUCCUUCUGGGUGAUAUGAUCCAACCCAACCUUGGUCUAUCAUCUGCCAAUGUAUCACGCCUCUGUAAUGAGGUAACGGUGGUUAUCAACGCUGCUGGUGAUAUUGCUUUAUCGCGCAGUCUUGCGGAAACCAUGCCAAUCAAUUGCAUUGCGCACCUGACAUUAGCUGGGCUACUAGACAGCUUCACUCAGUUGAAGCGAUUCCUCCAUAUAUCAACCACAUAUGCGACCAGCUUUCUUCCAGACGGCGUGGUCAAGGAGCAAAUCUACCCCUUAUACGAAGACCCAGUUGAGGAGUUCAGGAAAAUCCUCGUGACAGGAGAGUCAUCCUACACCAAAAAGUUCGCGGCGCCCUAUGCAUUGGCCAAACACCUUGCGGAAUGUUUACUUUCGAACGGCGACCACAAGUUCCCCAUUCUCAUCGUGCGGCCUUGCCUCAUUUCACCAGCAAUCGAAGACCCGUACCCACUCUACGGCAGCGACGGCGCAAUACCCGCCCAUUCCUUCAUUCAGAUCCUGCUAAAAGACUCAGAGUACGGGCCUUUGCAACUCGAGAAGGAACUCCCCUCGCAAGUAACCAGCAAUGAAAUUCCAGUUGACCUCGUCGCGCGUGUCUGUCUGGCUCAUGUCGCUCAAGGCACGACGGGUGUGGUCCAUGCCAGCGCUGACCUGUACAUGGCCCGAACGAUCGGGGAACUUUUGGAGCUUAUGCACCGUUAUGCGCCACCUGGAUCGGAAGAUCGGAUUCGGAAAGCUGGGAUUGAUCAGGGAGAUCUUACGGCUCCUGAUUUCUUCAAUAUGAUCCAACAGUUUGCUCGAAACUGGAAAAUUGAGUGCGCACGGUCUGCCCACUUGAAGAAAUUGCCCGGUCCGCUCGGGCUCGACCUUGCCGAUCACGACCCUGAGGAUUUUUUUAGACGUCGGACUGAGCUGUUGGCUAAGGUACUUUUUGAAAAACUGGACAAUGCCACCCAAGCAGCCAGCAAAUUCCAUCCGAAUAUGUCUUAG